GAAGCUACAAAGAUGUGGAUGCUAUUGCUGUGAAACAUCAAGAAGCACAGAGAACCGACUAGCAGCUGCCUAGCUAACAAAUCUCCUAAGGUCUACUGAGCUUCCUGCAACAACAGCAGUUGCAGAAAUGGACUCUUUCACAGCCUCUGACACCAACGUUUCCACCUGUGACUUAUAUGAGCACAAAGACACAGCACGGAUACUACUGUCUGUCUUCUACGGCUCCAUCUUGAUUCUUGGGGUGCUUGGAAACACCAUUGCCCUCACUGUCAUUUUUAAAAACAGAAAGAAGAUCAACUCCACUACCCUCUAUUCCACAAAUCUCGUCUUCUCCGACCUGCUGUUCUGCAUUGCCCUGCCUACCAGGAUAGCCUACUAUGCCAUGGGAUUUCACUGGCCGUUCGGAGAGGCGCUGUGCCGAAUCACCGCGCUCCUGUUCUACAUCAACACCUACGCAGGUGUCAACUUCAUGACGUGCCUGAGCAUCGACAGGUUCUUCGCUGUCGUCCACCCCUUCCGAUACAAGAUCAGAAGGAUUAAAUAUGCCAAGGGCAUUUGUGUCUUUGUCUGGUUUCUUGUAUUUAGUCAAACUUUCCCAUUACUUAUACAAUCCAUGUCACACGAAGAAAGUGAAAGGACUACAUGUAUGGAAUAUCCAAACUUUGAGAAAAUAGAACAUCUACCAUUUAUACUUCUUGCUGCCUGUUUAAUAGGGUACCUUAUUCCCCUGGGGAUUAUUCUAUUUUGCUACUCUCAAAUUAGCUGCAAACUUUUUCAAACAGCCAAGGAAAAUCCACUGACUGAAAAAUCAGGGAUAAACAAAAAAGCCAUCAAUACAAUCAUAUUUGUAAUUAUAGUGUUCAUCAUCUGCUUUACUCCUUAUCAUGUUGCAAUCAUACAACAUAUGAUUAAGAAACUUCAGCAAGAACCCUCGUGCACCGAAAAAAAAAUUUUCCAGAAGUCACUCCAUUAUACUGUAUUUCUAAUGAAUUUUAACUGCUGCCUAGAUCCUUUCAUCUAUUUCUUUGCAUGCAAAGGAUACAAGAGAACUGUACUGAAAAUACUGAGACGACAAGUGAGUGUAUCAAUUUCAAGUGCUGCCAGGUCACACCAUGAGGAAAGCUCACGUGACGCAGGAGAAACGCAAAUGACGGUACUUGCUAAAUCUUCCAAUGGAAAGCUACCUGAAAAAUAAAGUCUGUAGUACAACAUAGUGGACCAAGACUAAAAAUCCAGGGUCCACAGCAAAAACUCUUAGUGCUCCCCUACAGCAGCUUAAGUAAAAUUCUGUUUCUCAGGAUGUCAGGGAAUCAAGGAAUCAUGGACUGAAAAAGAUUUGUCACAGAACAGCAGGACAGCAGGAAAACUGAGCAGAAUAAUCUUCUUGCUGUAUCCUUUUGACUGACCUCUUAUUUUUUUCAGGAAAUAUGCACCAUUGCGAAUGUUCAGAUUCAAUGCUGCACAUACAUAUACCUGGAUGUUACUAACUCAAACAGAGUCAAAUCACAGUUUGGAUGGAGCACAAAUACAGCUUACAAUUCAGACCAACUACAACCAGAACAUCUGAAAAUUUCAAGGCCUCUAGCUGAGCUCCAAUUACAACAGCAUGUUUUGUUGGCCCAGUCACACAAACAGAGGACAAAUUUUGAGAUAAAAUGGAUACAACUUCUUGGCUCAUUUGACUAUGACAAGCACUUAGUUUAUGGCUCUUUGGAGAUGAAACUGCAUUUUACAAUAUUUGGAGCACAAAUAUCUUAUCGGACAAUUCACACAGAAAACAUUGUCAAAUAUAACACAUGAAAAGCUAAUUAACUGUUUGGUUCUCCCCAACACUGAAUAUCUCCUGUAUGUUAAAUUACUCAUCUUCACAAGGUGUAUUAUCACUUCACUCCUUUUC